AUGGCGGAUGUCACAGCGGAGAGGAAGACAAAGGAGGGCUCCAUUCCGGUCAAACGGGAUGCCAGAGGAACUUCUCUGGAGAUGGAACGAAAAGCGGCCAAGAGACUGUGGCUGAAACAGCAGGACACAGUAACACGAUUGGAGGAGCUACAACGACUGCAUGGGGAAGAAGUUCAAGCGGAAGAAAAGCAUGAACAUUCAUUCGAUGACAGAAUGCGGCUGCGCUCAACAGAUGGCUCUCGACGCCCCUCAGCGGUUAAUUGUCUUCACGACUAUAGAGGCAGGCCUCUGCAUGAUCAGCUGCAUGGCGCAUACCGUGCAACUUUGUUAUCUCAUCAUACGAAGAACUUGAAUCUAAGAGGUUUCCUAAACCUCUUUUUUAUUCUGCUGUUCGUCAUAAACUUCCGCAUGAUCACGGACAACCUGAUGGAAUAUGGGCUCAUGAUCACGCUUCCCUCGAGCUUCGGAGACAUUCUCUCAAACUGGCCAAUGCUGCUCUGCUUUCUCCUGUUUUACUACCCUCGAGUUCCCCGUAUUAGAUGGCUGUCGGUUAUCCGUCAUGUUUUCGAAUCAGCAGCGUGCCUGGCUCUCAUGAAGAUCGUUGUCGAUCAGCACAUCGUGCCUGUCGCAAAAAACUCGUUCACGAUAACGGAGAUGCAAUCCAUACCGCUAAGCACGCUUCUCGUCCACUUCCUCGAUAAGAUCACCAGGCUAUCAAUUCCAAACCUCUAUGUCUGGCUGCUCAUGUUUGUCGGCCUCUUCCACCACUGGUGCAACAUUCUCGCGGAGGUCACUCGUUUCGGCGACAGGCAGUUUUACCUGGAUUGGUGGAACGCCUCAAGUUUCGGGGAGUACUGGAGAAAAUGGAACUUACCUAUUCACCACUUCCUUAAUCGUCACAUCAACAAGCCUCUUCGUCGAGCGCGUUCUCCGCGAAUUGUCGCGACCUCCGUUGUUUUCCUAAUUUCCGCGCUGCUUCAUGAAUACAUGGUCACGGUACCACUGCAACUCGGGUGGACAGGCUGGGUUUUCCUGGGGUUCAUGGCUCAAGCGCCGCUCACGUAUAUAACAAAUCUUUCAUUUCUUGGUAUUCUGAUCUAUUGGUAUCUCUGGGGAGUCAAGCACGGCACAGUGCAACAGCUAGACCCGAGCAAGAUACAGAUAAUGUAG